AUGCCUGCCACACCGCUUCGAUCGCAGGUAGUUCUCGGAGGGCCGAUGACUAAGGACGAACUACUACUACUCUCACCGGAUCAUGAGCAAACCCUCUGGGGGGCGUAUGCCGACAUUGGCAACGAUGACUCAACUGUGGACGACCCGGCCUUGGAAGUGUAUGUUGGUUCAGGAAUCGGCAUUCGCGGUGUUAAGACACGAACACAAAACUAUGUACGGAUCUCUGAGGGUCAAACAACACCUGAAAGUGGUAAACAUGAGCAGCUCCUUGCAAAACCAGGAAUCCGGAGCCGACCCCAAUUGAUUGCUGGCUAUCGGAAUGGCAAAGUGGUCCCUCGCCCAUAUGUUCUACUCAUGGAACAGCUCUGCUCGAUCCUUACCAAGGCCAUCGAUCUUCCCCUUGGGCGCUACCUCAGCCAGUCAUAUCACGAGAUGCUUCUCGAAGCUCGCCAUGAAAGCUUGCCAGAUGUGCCUUGGGUUGGCCUCAACCGUGCCGCACAGCUAUUACAGUGUCUCGGCAGCCGCGUUGUCAAGAGAUUCUGUGACCAUUGCAAGUGGGAAAACGACGGUAUCAAAUACCGCAACGUUGAUCCUGGUCUUCCUGGAAGUGAGAUAAAGAUCACGCGUCCGGCGACUUCGAUGAGCAAGGCUGCGAAGGCCGCGACCGCAUCCACGACUGGUACCACCACCUCGGGCACCGCGUCUAAGACCAGCAAGGCUACGACCGCAUCCACGACUGGUACCACCACCUCGGGCACCGUGUUUAAGAACAGCAAGGCUACGACCGCAUCCACGACUGGUACCACCACCUCGGGCACUGCAUCUACGCCUGGCACGUCUAGUGAUAAUGAUCUCGAUAUCGUCAUGUCAGAUACGCUGCCGCUCAAGCCGCGUCGACCGCAUAAGCCGCGUCAGCCGUAUAAGCCACAACGGGGAUCUCCCUCGCACGAAGACUGGGCCAGGAUACGGCCAAUACUCGCAGAACUCUACGUCGACCAGGGGAUGCGCCUGCAGGAUGUGCAGGACACUCUGGUGUCUCAGCACAACUUUCAUGCGACAACGGACAUGUACAGAAAACGCAUCACUCAAUGGAAGCUUCAGAAAUGCGUCAAGUCCGCUGACAAGGCGAGUGGCGGCUACGACUGA